AACACUAUUCGACCCAUCUAGAUGUUCCACCUAAAAAGAAAAUUGAGCUCCAAUUGGACAAGUUUCUGCCGCCUAGGUCCCGUACUCCACCCUUAUUUUUGCCUGAUAUACCAUCUCUGUCCAGACACUCCCUGGAAUCCUGCCGUACUCGCAGGUCGACGUUGGCCAUCGUCGACCCCUGCAAUAACUGGAUAAGAUGAAUCGCUUCGACUAUUGGGGAGGUGACAACCACACAAACUAUGACAUGUCCAUCCCGCAGUCGAGCGACACCCCUCAAAGCAACGACUCCUCAUUAAAGUCUCUUAACAGUUGCACUCCUGAGGACCGCCUCCGCCAUUUUAAGAAGAUCCUCCCCCGUUCAGCUUUAUAUUUUCUUCACGAGGAGCGGUUCCUCCAUCAACAAGCUGAACAGUCAACAAUGAGGGUAAAGAAGUCCAACAAACUCCCGUAGGACCAGGAUCCUCAAGUAGCCCACAGAGCGGUACAGAAAGUGGUGGAACGCAGUGAUGUCCGAACUGCGGCUUCUUCGAGACCACCCCGCCAGACGCCAAAACCAAAUAAGUCUUGGAGAAAAAUUACCCAGAAAUUCACUACCGAGAUCCAGCGUGUGGCUAUCAAAAAACCAAGGAAGGAAGGAGAAGAAACACCUUCUUGGUUUACCACCAAACCUACAAAACUUAACCCUGGGAUGUUUGACAAACACAUCCAAGCCUUGGGCUUGAGAGGGGUGAGUGUGAUAUGUCCGCGCCCUCAUCAGAGAGCUAACAGGUCUGGAGAACCAUACUGUGCUUGGUCUAGGCACCAUAUAUAUGCAGGAGCUACUAUCCCGCUACACCCCUUCUUCUGAUCAGUAGCGGAUUAUUUCAACGUCUCUCCCUUCCAGAUCGCUCCUAAUGGGAUUCAGGCGUUGUCUGCCCUGUUCAUCCUUUAUUUCCUGCAAGGCUAGGAUCCGCCUACUCCUCACGAAAUACAUUACCUAUUCGACUUCAGAACCAACCCGAGCCAUAAGAACACAGGUUUUUUCCACCUCUUUCAUAGGCAUAAACGGGUUAAAUACCUUUAUGGCAUUGCUCACAAGUCGAAUCCUUGGAAAUACUAUACAGAGUAUUUUCUCACUUCGGACAUCAAAGCCAACAACCUGGCUUUCAUGCAUGAGGGUCCAUUUCACCAACCCUUGCCUACAAAAGAAAUGUUUGACCGAGCAGAGGAGUUGGCCAAUAUGUGCAUCGAGGAGAAGGAUGUGAAAAAUUUGGUCAUUGUAGACAAUCUUCAGAUGGUGAGCCUGCUACCAAGUAACCAGAACAUCACAGUGGAGAGCACCACCGAAGAAGCUAAUGCAACUGAUCAGUCCAACGCCGGCACUGAGGUAGUGACCGAUCAGUUCUCUCCUAGAUCAUCUCCUCACUCCCGCAGACCAGGUGAUCUCAUCAUUAGGGAGCCCCAGCCAGAGGACCAAUGCAGACCUGCUAUUCCCACACAGCCUGGGAAGGGGAAGGCCAUCCAGCUUGAGAGGGACUUAAGCUCAUCAUCCGACGACGAGGAUGACUUCCUCGACCAAAUCCUUAACUCAGAUUCAGAGAUUUUUACGCAUUUCAAUGCCCCUCAUGCCCCAAAGAUGAAAUCCGGGGAAGGAAGUGGCUCCACCCCUCCGAGCAAAGUCCCAAGGACCACUCCGCCCAACAAAGGGAGGCAACCAAAUGAGUCGACCGCAAUCUCGCAGUUGACUCCUUCCUCGCUUCCUCCCUCUACGAGCCUAACUCCUACUCGCUUGACUGGCUCGAGUGAGGUCCUUCGCACCGCUGGUGACCUCGGAAAGGAACUGCUUCACGAGACUAUCCAUGAUACUUCAAUGAUUCAAAGCUUCGAAUCCUUUCCUCGACUUAGCAUUGAAGUCGUCUUAAGAAGAGGGCUUGCUCAGUUGAUGAAUUUGCUUGUCACCAUCAGUCACGCUCAGCUUCGAGCAGUUGAUUAUAAGGAGUUGAUCAAGGUCCUAAAUGAUAAACUAGUGGAUGCCCAAGCUAGAGUGGAGACUCUAACUGCUUCGGAGAAAGACCUCACAUCCAAGCUGGAGCAGGCAGAGAGGACCAUGGUUAAGUGGGAUGAGUCUCUUAGGAGACUGUCUGAUGAGAAUCAAAAACAAAUUCAAACUAACAAGUCACUGAUCGAUCAGUUGGAGAAACUGACUAGUGAGAACGAGAAGUUGACUCGCAAGAAUGAGGAGCUAAGGCGGGAGAAAGAAGCCGAUCUUGCUCGCUACGAGGAAAUCUGCUUCAACUGCUUUUACCAGGUGUGGAAGUUGAACAAGCCUCUCAACCUCGACUUUCUCACAGAGGAGGUCAAGGCAGAGGAGCUUGCAAAAUGUGAGGCAAAGGUUGCCGAGGAAGCAGCUAAUCCUGCUGGCACUACAUCUGUUUCCCCCACGCUGUCAUUCCAACUGAAAGAAGCAGUUGAUGCUGAGGAAGGGGUUGAUCAACCCACCAUAGCCGACCAGUGAGCUCCCAUCCAACCAGAGAGGUCUCCAUUCGACCAGUUUGACUAGUAGACUUUUAUUUUCCAUUUUGCUAUGUACUUUUGCUCGUAUGUCCGAGCUAUGCACAUCUUACUUUUAUAGACUUAAUCAUUUAAAAGUUUUAUUACAUAGAUGCCUUAUAUUUUCAUGUGAGUACUUAGUUUUCUAACUUAGAAAUUUUAGACAUUUCAUAAGUCCAUACUAAGUAUAUUUUCUCACACUCUUAUUGCUGUAACAUUUUAUGAGCAUAAUUUUUAUUGUCACACGAA